GUCAUCGUCACCAUACUCUAGUUUCACGGCAACGUCUUCGAUAUAAACAUUCAACCAGCAGAUAUCUAAGCUCUAAAUUAGCAGAUCUUAUUGUUACGUUACUUGCCCACGCCUUUGCGACUUUCCUCAGAAUCGCCCUCCACGAUCAUCAUAACAUCGGUAGGAAAGGAUGACAGUGUGCAAGGUAACACCAGCCCCGCAUUUGUCAUCGCCAAGCCGUGAACAUCACACGCUUCACCCACCUGCGAUAGUUAAAGACCGAUGUAAGUACCUAUAGAAAACGCAUUUAACUACAGAGCUUAUCAACAGUAGCAUACAGCGCAUAAAGUAGAAAGUAAGAUAAUAGUUGCCAGUACUCACAAGCCAUCACAAAACAUGGAAAUAGAAGAAGAGAGUGCAUCCAGUAAGCACUUGUUUAGUUCAAACAUCUCGCAUUCUUUAGAGACACGCAAUCGCCAACUCAGAAGAUCGCUAAGAAAUGCGUCCGCAAUUAAUGCAAUCUGCAACGCUCCUGUUCUUUAUGGUACGAUUGAUAUUGCUGUGAUUCACUUCACGAUCACCAUUCGUGCGGUUAGGAUGCAGGCCCAAGAUGCUUUAGAUAUAGCAAUUAAAGCACUCAAAAACAUGAACAUUACUACAGUUUUCAAAGCGGCAAUUAUGUGGAUGAAGUCACAUCCUUAG